CCUGUAAAGUACAUAAGGCCUUCCACAUGUAAGCUACUUGCCUAGUACUUAUAAUAGUUUCUACCCCCAGGAUCACCAUCACCGUCACCGUCAGACACCAUGGCACAGCCCACAUCUCUGGAAGCCUCCCUGGGAGCUCUCAUCAUGACAUUCCACAAGAAAUCACUUUCAACGAAGAGUGUGUUAGGGCAAAAGUGUAACACCAAUCAGGCCCCUGAGGACUGGAGUGCCCAGGCCUGUGAGAGUACUAAGGGUAGUCCUGAAGUAGAUGACCUGAUGACGAUGCUGGACCAGGAUGCUGACGGCUCCGUGGACUUCAAGGAGUACAUUACCCUGAUUGGAUCCCUUGCCUACGCAUGCAACUGUGCCCUGGUGAGGAGUAUGUGAUUGGAUGUA